CAGACGGAACGUGGUCCAGAUCUCUUGGGCUGAGCCUGAUUCGUCGCAAGGUCACCAUGUGCAGCAGAGCUGGUGUGUGGAGGAAGGCCUGGGAGGUGUUUGAUGAGGCAGUAAGCCGCGGUGUCCGCCCAAACACCAUUUUGCGGAACUCCUUGGUGGCUACCCAUGGCGAAAAGGGUGGCGAAUGGCUGCGAGUUCGUCCCAAACCAUCCCGCUUCCGCUGGCCGCAAGCACAAGCGCAGCUCACGGAGAUGCAACGUAGCUCCAUCCGGUUGGACCAGAACAGUUUUGCUUCGAUGUUGGCAUGCUGUGGAGAUAGUGCUCACUGGACGGGUGCCAUUUACUUCCUUGACAGGAUGCACCAGGCUGUCGCGCUAACUCUACCUGCAUGCACCGCUGCAGUCAUCGCCUGUGUCCGGUCGGGCGAAGGUCCACGCGGCUUGAGGUUACUUCAGCAGAUGGUGGUGAGUCAGAUUCUGCCAGACAAGGUCUUGUAUGGCGGAGCACUUGCAGCUGCAAAAGGGAUAGAGGAUUGGCCCAUGGCGCUCUCUUUGAUGAACCAUUUGUCCCCCACUUGGGGCGACUCUGAGACAGUUGUCUGGUGGAAGGUCUCAACAAACUUUUGGGUGUCCUGAUGCGGCCUGCUUCGUGAAUGCCAUCAUUGCCUGUGCGCAAGGGCGUCAAUGGGUUGCGGCGCUCGUUUCGGGCCCAUUUGGGGUGGCGUGGCGGGGAGAGUGGAAAGUCCUUAGGAGAUACACCCCUGGAAGCUAAACAACAUUGGUUUGUGGAGAAAGUAGCUGGAGCACGACCCUUGCUUGCGCCGAGUAGUGUUCUCAUCGGUCCGUUGUUUUUAUUGCACAAUACUUUUCGUACUUUUGGCCUUCUACGCUAUGCUACGCUACCUACUUUGCGUG